AGGCCGCGACCCGUCCGGCGACAUGCGAGCCACUUGUAGCACCAGCCGCAUCAUCAGCAGCAGCUGCACCGGAGACGCUGGGAACACGUAGGGCAUAAUCAGGUGCAGCACAGAGGCACAGACAGCAGACGCAAAGACAUGUGCAGAAGCACAAGCAGGAGCUGAAGCAACCGACAAAGCAGCAGCAGCACGGAGGAAGGAGCAACGGCCGCCAGUCGCGAUGGAACUGCUGAAGACGCUGGCGCAGAAAGCUGCCCAGCUCCGCAACGCCAACGGCUGGCUGCUGGGAGCCGUCAAGAAGGAGCUGGAGGCGCGGCAGGCCCCUGGGCCCGCUGCCGCCCCUGGCCUCGCGGAGGAGUGGGUCUUCGAGGACGAGGACCUGGAUGAGGGCGAGGCCACCGCGGCCAGAGCGCGGCUGCCGCCGCGUCUUCCCCGUCCUCCUCCUAUUUCGCUGGCCCUCCCUCCUUCUCCCCCCUCCCCCCUCUGCCUAGCGGGGCGCUCGACGUGGCGUGACCUGGGACGGGCAGGCAGGUGCGCGCGCCAACGCCACCAGGGCCGCCACCCCGGGGGCCCGAGGGUCGGACGGGGGGAGCGAGGGGUUGCCACCCGCCGUCGCCAGGCGCCGUGGGCGGGGGGCCCGCCCUGCUGUCUUGUUCCGUUCGCCGCUGCCGCUCUCGUGCUGCCCUCCUGCUCGAGCAAGCUUGUCGAAGACGGGG